AUGUCCUCCUCCAAAGGAAAGCAAGAACUCAAAGUUUCAGUCCUCAAAGGCCAGGAAGCUGAGAAUGCAGUCCUUGAAUACCUUAAAAGAAUGAAUCGACCGUAUGGCGCUGUAGAUGUUGCUGCUAACUUGAAGGGUGCCGUUCCAAAGACCGCUGUACAAAAAAUUCUCGUCGCAUUGGCAGAAAAAGGCGAAUUGGUCCAGAAAAUCUACGGCAAGACGACAUUCUUCGUCUAUAAUCAAGCCAAAAUCGAAUGUCUUUCUCCUGAACGCAUUAACGAAUUAAAGAAGGAACUUGCUGCAAUCGAUGACCAGAUCCAAGCUUCAUCCAGUGAAAUCAAAUCUUACUCGGCGGAAUUAGCCAAGAUCAAAGCAACACCAACUAACAAUGAACUCACCUCGCAAAUAGAGGCGACUAAAUCGAGGAUUUUGAAAGUCAACAGCACAUUACAACCUCUCCGCUCCGGAGCUCCGCCCAUCACUGCGGAAGAACUCGAAUUCAUAUACGCCGACUGGACUAAGUGGAGAGCGGAAUGGAUCCGACGGAGAAAGGUGUUCAUAACCUUUUGGCAACUGGCUACGGACUCUUUGCCCCCUCAAGAUGCCCAAAUUCUAGAAGAAGAUCUAGGGAUUGAGAAGGAUUCAGCCGAACACGUUGCCCUUGAACAAAGCUCACUGUGCCUGCCCCAAGGGAAUUCUUUGAAGCGAAAACGUCUUUAA